AUGCCCGCCGCCGUCGCCGACGGCGUCUUGGACUGGAAGACGGACCUCAAGGCCGGCUUGCUGGCGCGCCCGCACACGAUAGCCGAAGCCGGCGUCUCGGAGGCCAUGGCGAGCUGGCUGCAGAGCCGCCUGGAGACGGCGCAGGCCGACCACCGCACGGACGUCUCGCGCCGCCUGGCCUCGUUCGAGCAGUCCGACCGCCGGUUCAAGGAGUGGGUGCAGCGAGAGCAGGAGCAGCUCGCCUCGCAGGUGCAGCAGGCCGGCGGGAGGUGCGCGGCGUGGUCUCUCCCUGUAGAGUCCCGUCGCCUCGGCGGGCACAGAGAGCGGCUCUGUCCCUUUCCCCUCCUUGUCGCGGCCCCUGCGAUGGCGGCGGUGCCCGACGACGGCAAGGCAAUGGAUCUACGGUCCAACGGUGGCGCGGGGCUGGUCAUGGCGAUGGCCGUCCAGGGCGCUGCUCAGGGAGCUGCGGCGGGCGGCGCCUCGCGGCAGGCGAUAGCCGCCGCGGUCGCUGCCGCGCUCCGCACGACAUGGGCGCUGCUGGAGGGGAUCGGCUCCGAGGAGGACGCCGAGCUCGCGAUGCGCUGGCAGGCCAUGGAGCCCGCCAUGCGCCAGCAGCUGCGGGGCGCCCAGCCAGGCGGCGCCGCUCGCGCCAGGCGCAACGUCGGGGCGCACGUCGACCUCGGCAAGGGCGUCGAGGCCUUGCGGCAGGCCCUGGCGCAGCCGCAGCGGGCCCAGCGCGGCGGGCGCUGCGGGCCCCGCGUGCCGGCGCCGCCGGGCCCGGAGGCGGCGGAAGAGACGCCGGAGGACAACGCCGACGACGUCAAGCUGGAGGGCACCACCAGCCUGGACAUCGGGGAGCCCAACGUGGACGAGUGCGAGGGCACCGACCAGGUCAUCGACACCCCCGAGGGCCAGCUGCUGGGCGAGGUCCCGCCCUCCCCACUGCUCAGCGCGGUGUUUGGCGAGGACUCGGAGCUGGGCGUGGACGAGUGCGAGGGCACCGACCAGGUCGUGCACAGUGCCGAGGUGCAGCCUGUUCCUGAGGCGCCGCGGGACGUCGAGCCUGGGGGCCACGGCGGGGGCGGCCCCGAGGAGCAGCUGAUGGAGACGGAGGUGCCGAGGGCGGCAGCAGGCGUGGUUGAGGACGAGGGCCUCUACGACGGCCAGGCCGACGGCACCCAGGUCAAGAGGCAGCGGGACCGCCAAGGAGUACAGCAUCGGCACGCUCCUGAUGCUGGAGUUCACGAUCGUGGGGCUCUUCUUGUUCCUCGCCCUGCGGGGGCGGAUCUGCGCUCAGACCUGCCCGUCGACGGCGUCGAUGGCAUCGGCACGGAGUACGGCGGCACCUUGGAGGGCAAGUUGGGUGAGAGCAUCUUCAGCGACACCGUUCAGGCUCGCGUGCGGAGCGUCUUCCUUUUCGUCCUCAGGGUGGCCUUGCUGAUGGGCGUUGCCUCCUGCCCGUUCGUCUUCUUUGACUGGGGCACGGGCCUCGCGUGCGCCCCGCUCGUACUCGACAUGGAGCCUAUGCCCGACCCGUACCACGCGGCCCGCCAGGCCUUCCCGAGACAAGGUGAAGGCGAGUUCCUGGAUCUGCCACUGCGGACAUAUGAGAAGGAGCAGCGGCUUGAGUCCCUGGUGAAGCUGCGGAGCGAGCUGGAGCACGAGCUGGCCACGGCUUCGCCUGGCAGGAUAGCUCGUACCAUGCUCGCGGAGGACAUCUGGAGGCUCGCGGACGACAUUCGCGAGAUCGAGGCGAUGAGGUGCGCCUGCAAGCUCCUAGGCGGUAACGGCAAGGACAAUCAAGGAGGUGGCAAGGGCAAAGGCGACGCUGGCCAGGGCACGGAGGAGUACGGCAGCGUUGGAAAUUCUACACGCGCGAAUCGGUGGCGAGAGAUCAGGAUGUCAAAGGAGUACGAACAGGCGGUGCAGCUUUCCACGAGGCGCACCGAGGAGGUGGCCAACGUUCAUCGCGCGCAAUUUCAAUUUUACCACCCAGAGCAGCGCGCGGAGUCGCACGAUGUCUUCGACAGAUUAAGGCUCAGCCUCUCCGCCACCAGCGUCCUCGCGUCGCCGGCCACGCUGCUGCUCUUCGUGGCGAUGACGUGCUAUUCCACGGUGCCCGAUGCGACCGCGGCGGCGCUGGACCUUCCGGCGGCCACCUGGCGCCGCGUCGUGGGGCUGCGCCAGAGUCUGCAGGACAAGCGCGCGCGCGAGGAGGCCCUGCGCGCCGAGCGCGCCGCCGCGGCUGCCCGGGCCCGCGACCCCGUGGUGCGGCGGCGGGCGCCGGCGGAGGGCCAAGGCAAGCUGAUCUCGGUGGGGGCGAAGCUGGAGCCCAUCAUGUAA